GCUGAAGUUGGUGGGAAUGGAAGAGGACCACAGCGAUGGGGACAACAAGCAACACAAAGCUGAGUGUGUAGUCAGUCUAAUUAGUGAGCUCCAGGAGCAGAUGUGUAAUUUUCAGCAGGAGAUCAGUACCAGAAUCCAGGAGAAAAAGGCUCUGGAGGAGCAAGCCAAUGCUAGCUCUCAGGCGACCCAGGAGAGCACAGCCACAGACCUUGGAAGCUCCCACACUGAGGACAUCUGUCACUGUAGAGGCGAGAAUGGCUUGCUGCAAGAAUUGAGACUGCUGAAAAAUAAAGUGGACGAGCUGGAAGGAGAGAAAUCUCAGUAUGAAAGAAAACUGAAAGCCACUAAGGCAGAAAUCGCAGACCUUGAGCAACUGCUGGCAACAAAAGAUGCCGAAAUAGAAUGUCUACAGAACCAGCUGUCAUCCAGAGGCCCCACAUCCGGUGACAGUGCAGAGAAAGAUCAACUAAUGCAAAGGUUGAAAACAGGAAUGGAGACAUUGUUAGCGGCGAACGAUGAAAAGGACCGUCGCAUUGAGGAGCUCAGAGUCCUCUUAAACCAGUACAGAAGGAUAAAGGAUUUCAUGGCCCUCGCUCAAGUCUCUGGUGAGAGGAUUCUUUCUGGCAGUAGUGAGGAGGAGCUGAGCGCUAGUCUGAAGAUGUCCUCCAGCAGUUCCUCACCACUUCUGGUGUUUCCUUUAUUGUUGCAAAAGGAGUUAGAGUCCAGCUGCAAGAGCGUGCUGAUGUCUCCCGGGUCCAUGGUCUCCCCCGGUGACACUGGGUUCCAGAACGGACAAUGGAUGCAAACAAGCAGCUUGGAGGAGUUACAGAGUGGCUCUUACCAAAAGCAUGUGGUGGAGGAAUCAGUAGAACCUGUUGUAUCAGCAGAGACUCUGCAUAUCGAUGUUAGCAAGUACCAGACACUACCAGGGAAGCUGUCUAGAUGCAACCAAAAUGGAGGGAGAGAAAAGCAUUCAGCACCUCUUCAGAAAUCAGCAGAUGAGAGCGAAAACAGGAAUUUCAGCCUAAGAAAGACAGAGAAGAUGGGUGACACCACAUUCCCUGACCUCCCACUGCUGGCAUCUAUUGGCGAAUCAGAGCACCAGUCCCCUCUCUCCCAGGACAACUACAAAGACCACAAGGGUAUCAAGAAGCUCUGGGGAAAUGACAUGAGCACUCCCUUCUCCAAGUGGACGAAGGAGCAGGUGUGUGGCUGGAUGGAGGACUAUGGUCUGGGACAUUACGUCAACCUGGCCAGACAGUGGGUCAACAAUGGACAGACUCUCCUUUCGGCUACACCCCAGGACUUUGAGAAGGAAAUGGGAAUCAGGCAUCCUCUGCACAGGAAGAAGUUACAGCUGGCACUCCGGUCUUUCAACACCAAAGUUAUGGAGAAAUCGUCAGAACUGGACCAUACCUGGGUAACCCGCUGGUUGGACGACAUUGGCUUACCUCAGUAUAAAGACCAGUUCAAUGAAAGCAGGGUUGAUGGGCGAAUGAUUCAGUACUUGACAGUGAACGACCUCCUGUUCCUGAAAGUCACCAGUCAGUUCCAUCACCUCAGCAUCAAGUGCGCCAUCCAUGUCCUCCAUGCCAACAAGUUUAACCCGCACUGCCUGAGGCGCAGGCCAGGGGACGAGAACAAAGCGUCCCCCUCAGAGGUGGUACAGUGGUCCAACCACCGGGUGAUGGAGUGGCUGCGCUCGGUGGACCUGGCUGAGUACGCCCCCAACCUAAGGGGAAGCGGGGUGCAUGGCGGGAUGAUCAUCCUGGAACCGCGCUUUAAUUCAGACACCUUUGCCAUGCUCCUGAAUAUUCCCCCGCAGAAGACCCUCCUGCGACGCCACCUUGCCACCAACUUCAACACACUUGUUGGUCCUCAGGCCCAGCAGAAGAGCAAAUUCUCAGAGUCUUCUGGCCACGCCCCACUCACCACCACUGCCAAAGUCCGGCCAAAGAAGCUGGGGUUUUCCUCCUUUGGACACUUGUGGAAAAAGAAACUGGACGACUCCACAGAUUACAUUUGCCCUACGUUGGAACUGAAUGUGGCUGUCCACCCCUACUCAGGUUUUAGAGGACUGAGCCCAAUCUUAGACUGUGAUGCAGAGAGAAAGGACCAGGUGGGGUGAAAAAAACUGAUGACACCUGACCUCCACCCUUCACCGCUAAGCUUGCACCCAAUAACCCCUGUCGCUUUCAGCCAUUGUAACAUCACGACCCCCUUAGCCAAGGGCCUCCACGACAUUCAUGGACAUACUAAAAUGGACAUGGAGUGGGAUAAUUUUAUGUCUCCUUUUUCCAACAGUGUCCUUUCACUGCGGAUUCUGCAUUUUAGGGUCAGCCUGUCACAUCUCUCUCUCAUGGCUUUAAUAUAUGCUCAUACCAACUGAAUUAAUAUGUUAAUGUAUUUUUUAAACUAUAUAAGAAUACAGUAUAUGAGUCUCA